CUACAGCGCUUUCGACGCUCCAUCUCAUUAAAGACCAUCCUUCGGAGCAAGAGCGUUGAGAACUUUUUCCAGAAACCAAAUAAUGAAGCAAAGAUAUCUUCUGAUGUCCUCCUAGGACCUCCAGUUCCUCCUCCACCUCCUUCACCUCCUCCUGUCCCUAAUGAACCUCCACCUCAGCCUGACCAGUCCCCACAUCCAAAUCACAAGCCUUUAUCCUUGCUACAACCGGUCCGUACGCACAGCUUCCAGGACCAUGUCUUCAAGAAGCAGUGCCCCUGCCAUCUAUGUCAUCAGAUCAUUGUCGGUAACUCCAAGCAGGGUUUGCGCUGUAAAAUGUGUAAGAUUGGAGUUCAUCUGUGGUGCUCAGAGGAAGUGUCACACCAACAAUGUCUGGGAAAGACGUCCACAUCUUUCCGGCGUAAUUUCAGCUCUCCUAUCCUUAUCCAUGAGCCUCUUUCCAGCCCCAAGGAGUCUCCUGCAAUUGGUUCUAAUGCACACUGUAAGAAGCUCACCGUGUGCAGUGAAAUCAGAGUAAGCAAUUUCAGUCCAGAAGAGGAUCCUGUACAAUCGACCAAGACUGAAGCUGUUCCCAAAAAGGUUGAUCCUGUAUAUGAGACUUUGCGAUAUGGAACAUCAUUAGCACAUCUGAAUCGUUCGACAUGUAGCAGCGUAUCAGAGUCCCCCACACGCAGCCUGAGCGAGAAAGAGGAAAGAGUGGAGGACCCAGAAGGUAGCAUCCAAAGCAGUGAAGACAGCCCAAGUCACCCAGUGUUUGCAGAUGAGGCUAGCAUAAGUGAAGAUACACGCAGCAUGACGAGCUUGGUGUCAGCCGGCAAGCCAAGAAAGGAGAUAUCUCCAAUGUAUUGCUAUGUGGCUCUAUACAAGUUCCUACCUCAAGAGAUCAAUGAUCUUCCUCUGCAGCCUGGUGACAGAGUUAUGGUGAUGGAUGACUCUAACGAGGAUUGGUGGAAGGGAAAAUGUUGCGACCGGACUGGUUUCUUUCCAGCAAACUUUGUGCAGAGGGUUCGGCUGGGGGAGACAGUAUGGAAGAGCAUAAAGACUUUCCACGGAGUCAAAGAACAAGGCCAGCUUUCCCUGAAAGAAGGACAAGUCUGUGUGGGAGUUGAAAAGCCAGAUUCUGAAGGCCUCAUUAGAGUGUCCAGUGGAAAGAAAAGAGGCUUGGUGCCUCAGGACUGUCUGGUGGAGAUCUGA